AAGGAGGGAAGAAAAUAAGUAAAUGAGUGAGAGUCACACACAAAAAGCCAACCUGAUCCGAACCUAAGCUCCGUAUGCAGACGACGAGGCUCGGACCAUACUGAGCCUUCACGAAAAAAGCGAAGGCACCCCACCCACCCUCGAAAAUAAUGGAACCCAAAGCAAAACAAGAGAGAGAAACCAAAACAGGGUUUUAGAGAGAGAUAGAUAGAAAGAAAAUAGAGUUUAGAGUUUAUAGUAGAGAGAGAAACACAACCAUAGAUGGGUCAGAUCGUGAGGAGGAAGAAGAAAGGACGUCCUUCUAAGGCAGAUCUAGCUCGCCGUUCCGGUCAAUCUCCGGCGACUUCUCAAUCCGACCUACGACGGAGCCGUCGACGGCGAAAUGUCAGAUAUAACAUAGACUACGACGAUUACCUAGACGAAGAAGACGAGGAUGAAGAUGAAGACGAGAGAAGGCGCGAGAAGAAGAAGCUCAAGCUUGUGGAGAAGCUCAACCAAGGUGUAGACGAUGAAGAAGAUGAAGAUGAAGACGAGUCGGCGCCCAGUCGCGGUAGGUCGCGUGUGGCACACGCGCCCGAGUCAGAGAAAAGAAAAUUGUUAAGAAAAAAGAAUGAUGAUAGGGAUGAGGAAGAUGAAGAAGAGGAAGAAGAAGGGGAAGAAGUAGAAGAAGAAGAAGAAGAAGAAGAAGAAGAAGCAGAAGUUGAAGGGAAUGAAAAUGAAAAUGCAGAGGAACACGAAGACGAAGGUGAAAGUGAAAGGGGUGAGGUUAAUGGCACAAAAGUUGAUUCCAAAGGGCUCCAAUCUGUUACAGGAACCCCUUUGAAGGUUUUGUCUGAGAUUCCGUUGCCUGAUAAGAGGACUCUUGAAUUGAUCCUUGACAAGCUUCAGAAGAAGGACACGUAUGGUGUGUAUGCAGAGCCGGUUGAUCCAGAAGAGCUUCCUGAUUAUCACGAUGUGAUUGAUAAUCCUAUGGACUUCGCCACCGUGCGUAAAAAGUUGGCGAAUGGAUCUUACCCUACAUUGGAACAAUUUGAGAGUGAUGUUUUAUUGAUUUGCUCAAAUGCAAUGCAAUACAAUGCGCCGGAGACUAUAUACCACAAACAGGCACGUUCAAUACAAGAACUAGCUAGAAAGAAGUUUGAGAAGUUAAGGAUCAACUUUGAACGCUCUCAGAGUGAGCUGAAAUCUGAACAAAAAACCAGAACGAAUUCCUUAGGUAAUAAGCUAGGAAGAAGGCCUCUGGGUUAUGCUUCACAGGAACCUGUUGGCUCUGAUUUCUGUUCUGGCGCAACUCUUGCUACUAUUGGAGAUGUACUGCCAAAUUCCCACCCAAUGCAAGGGAUCGUCUGUGAAAGACCUGGCAACAUCAAUGGCCUUGUAGAGGGGAAUGCUUUCUUGAUCGAUGCUAAUCAAGAGAAAGCAGAAGACUCCAUAUCAGGGAAAGGCCUUCUCUCCAAGUCAGGAAGAAAAUCAUUUGUGCAAGAUUAUGAACGCCGUGCUACUUAUAAUAUGUCUACUCUACCAAUUACUAGAUCUGAUUCAGUAUUUUCGACUUUUGAGAGUGAAAUUAAGCAGUUAGUUACAGUUGGACUUCAAGCUGAAUAUUCCUAUGCCAGGAGUUUGGCUCGUUUUGCUGCAACUCUAGGACCUACUGCUUGGAGAGUAGCUUCUCGGAGGAUUCAACAGGCACUGCCAUCUGACUGUAAAUUUGGUCGAGGUUGGGUUGGAGAGUAUGAACCACUUCCAACCCCAGUAUUAAUGCUUGAUAACCGUGUCCAGAAACAACCUAGUCUGGCAACAAAGUUGCAGUCUACUACUAAAUCGACAAAGGUCCGCAAAAAUGGCAAGAAUGUAGAAUCCUCCUUGGAACAUUCUGUCAAUGAACCGAUGUUUGAGGUAAAACAGCCUGCAGUUUGCCCUGGUAGUGGGCUCACAUCAGAAGGAAAACCAUCUUUUUUUGGUUCUGCUGGAGUAAGACCAAAUGCUUCUAUCAAUCUCACUCACCCUCAACCGAAUGUCCAGACCAGGAAAGUUGGCAAGUCUGAGAAUAAGGGUUUGAAACAAGUGGAGUUGAACUCUUUACCCUCGAGCGAUCAGAACAAUGCUAGUCUAGUUGCGAAGCUUACAAGUAACGCUCCUGCAGCUGUUUCUAAACCCAGAGAGAUGGUACCAAGUAACAUGAAUAUCUUAACAUCUAUGCCUUUCAAGCUGCCCGAUGUCAACGGAGUCGCUAGUGGAGAGUUACCUAAUGGAAAAGUCAGGAAUACUAGUUUCAAUAGACGAAUGACUGCUCCAUCAUCUGAAAGUACAUCAAUUCAAACGGGCAGAUCAGCUCCCUCUGUUACCCAUGGGCUAGAGCAGAGUCUUAGCGACCCAGUUCAGCUGAUGAGGAUGUUAGCCGAGAAGGCUCAAAAGCAACAGGCUUCUAGUUCGUCUAAUCAUUCCCCCACCGAAACUCCACCAGUAACUUCAUCAAUUCCGUCUGGACGGAAAGAAGACUUGAGCAAUGCUUCGGCAGCAGCUGCCCGUGCAUGGAUGUCUGUAGGAGCUGCAGGGUUUAAACAAGGACCUGAAAAUUCUAGUUCACCCAAAAAUCAUAUUUCCGCGGAGUCAUUGUACAACCCAACCCGAGAGUUCCAGCAGCAUCUUUCACGAAUUAGAGGCGAGUUUCCUUCUGGUGGAAUGCCUUACCAGUCAGAGAAGAAUAACUUUCCAUUUCAGCCACUUUUACCUCAACACAUUCACCCAGUUGGUGUUUCACAGUUUUCAAACCGACCUAUGGUUUUCCCUCAAGUAGCAGCUUCCGACCUAUCAAGAUUUCAAAUGCAGCCGCCUUGGCAAGCUGUCCGGCCUCAUAGUCAACCAAGACAAAAACAAGAAACACUUCCUCCCGACUUGAAUAUUGGUUUCCAAUCACCCGGGUCCCCUGCCAAACAGUCUUCUGGUGUGAUGGUUGACUCACAGCAACCAGACCUGGCUUUGCAGCUAUGACACAGCGAUCCAAUUCUGGUGUGCAUGUUUCUGCAAGAAUUUGACUGAUUGAAUUUCGGCUCCUGUCGUUGGAUAUUAAUUUUGAUUCAUAAAGCUGAGGAAAAUGUUACGGUCAUGUUACUUUAGGAUGGGAUGAAAUGGAUAUCAUGUGCUGGAGAAGAUUGUUAUUCCUUGGUUGCUUAUGUUGGGAAUCUUAUUUUUUUGUUAAGUAGGAGGAUUUGGCACAAGGUGAAUCAAACUGAGUUUCUUUAUGUUCAUAAAACUUAGAUUUGGGAGAGGAUAGCUCUACGACCUUUCCAUCUUUUUCCCGACGAGGAUUACCGAGACGCCGCAGCUUGUAUUUGUACUAUCGACGACAGGUCUAUUGGUUAUGAUCAAGUGUUGCUUAGAUUUUUCAUUAGAUGGCAAAAUAUCUUUGUUGAUGCAUUGUAUAUUCAUUACUAAUGGAUGAAAUUCAGCUGCCUAGAUUUUCAUUUCAUUAGAGGAUUACUUGUGCAUCUGAAUUGGUGGGGAAGGCAUCACUGUUUAGUCCUUAAUGAUGUUAUUAAUCUGUACAUGAAAUUUUUACGUGUCAGGAAUGCGAGAGCAUAUUUGCUUUUUCUAAAAUGAAACUUUUGGCUUUCCCCAGUCCUCACCUUUUGGAUAGGAGAGGAUUAGGAGGUGGGGUCUUCAA